UCGGUAGUGCUGUCAUCUUUCAGUUUCAGUUAUUGCACGAACUAAUAAUAUAAAACCAAAAGGUGUGGAAACAGCGACGGCAAAGUUUGUUUACCAAGAUUAAAAACACGAAAUGCCGCAAACAGUUUAAAAAGGUGACCGCACUCUAGCCUAGCUCCCGACGGUAUAAGAUUCCUGUGCCGAGCACUGCCCGCGUGUUCCGUUCGUGCCAUUGAAUGGAUCCCUCAAAUAUCAUUAGAAUGAUAUCAGCUGUCGAACAGAAUUGUGACAAGUGUGAACUGAACAUUGUCUUUCUUAUGAUGAACUAUGAAAAAAUAAGACCAUCGGGAAGGUUGAAAUAGUCUCACAAGAAUCAAAUUAUCUUUUCAAAAUUUUUCUCCAAGAUCCCGUACAGCAUCGAAUCACCGGACGGUCUAAAGUAUGACAUCCCGUUCAUGAAGCGCCAGGAGAGCUUAAUCAACAACCGGUUCCAAUCGGAUGUGACGUUCCUUGUGGGUGAAAAGCGUCAGCCGAUCUUCGCCCACAAGUUGCUGCUGAUCAUCGCUUCCGAGUAUUUCAACGCCAUGUUCAAUGGUAACUUCAAGGAAUCGAGCUCGGACGAGAUCGAGGUGCGGGACAUCGAGGCGGAUAUUUUUCUGGAGAUUCUUCGGUUCAUCUACUGCGGCAAGGUUCGGUUAACGAUCGAGAACGUGCUGGAGAUUUACGUGCACGCACAGAAGUACAUGCUGAACGAGCUGCGUCGCCGGACGGUUCGCUUCCUGGAGAACCACAUUGACGCGGAUAAUGCGUUGAAAAUCUUCGCCCAGAAUCGACUGUAUGAGUUCUCCUUUAUCAACGAGAAGUGUUUGGCGCUGAUUACAAAGAAUCCAUUGAUUUAUCUUCACCAUGAAGACUUCUAUGUACUGGAUAGAAAGUCACUGGAGAUAAUAUUUGCUAGCAAGAAGAUCAACUGUUCGGAUGAUCAGCUAUUUCAGGCACUACGCGACUGGAAGAGAAUGAACGAGCACGAGUCCGUUAACGAGUUGCAGUCGGUGAUCAAAGCCAAACGAUCGUACAACUGUUCGAAGCUUCGCUUCUUCGGCAACAUGUCGAUGACCGAGGGUACGGAAACAUACCUAAAGUUCUCCAUCGAUCAUACUCACAGUUUGGCAUUCUACGGCAUCGGAGUAUUUGUCAAGUCGCCGGACAGCGUCGUUACGAUCGAGGUGGAGAUUGCGGAAAACCUGGAAAUCCUCGGCCAGUAUCAGUUCGAGUACGAAAACAAGGACCAAUUGGCAGUGAACGUGGCCAAUCUGUUCUUCGAAGAGCUGACACUGAGACCGGGCGAGUGGUACACGGUUUCGGCCACGUUCAUCCCCGAAAGCAGCUGUUUCUGCAUUACCAAUCCGCAGAUCUGUCACGACAAGCUGAAGCUGUUUUACGACAACAACUACCAAACGAUUCGGAGCGUGGUGUCGCAUUUCUAUUGUGAUGAGAUUAAAAAGUGAACUGAUGUGAGGUUGAUGGUCCGAGUGGAGCAUUUGAAGAGCAAGAAUUCGUCAAGUUUUGUCUUUCUCAAUAAUAAUAAUACAAUAAACACAUUUUUAUGUCUUUAUUUUUUUAAGCAAUAACCGAUA